AUGGGUAAAAAAAUUAAAAAGGGAAAGGAAGGACCAGUCAAAGAAUAUGUAUCCAGAACCAAAGCUCUCAAAAAACUAUAAGUCAAUCUAAAGGAUUUCAGAAGACUUUGCAUCUUAAAAGGAAUUUACCCAAGAGAACCACCUCAAAAAUUGAGAAAAUAACAUAAAACCUAUUACCAUAAUAAGGAUAUUGCUUUCCUUAAAAAUGAGUCCAUACUCGAUACAUUCAGACAAAGACAGGCUCAUUUAAAAAAAAUAAGAAAAGCAUUAACAAGAGGUGAUAAACUGAAGGCUGGUAGAUUACGAAGAAAUUAACCAAAAGAUAAAUUAGAUCAUUUGGUCAAAGAAAGGUAUCCAACCUUUAUUGAUGCUUUAAAUGAUCUUGAUGAUCCAUUAUGCUUAGUAAGUCUGUUUGCUUCAUUCCCUACUCACAAAGAACUCCACAUUCCUAACACAUUAAUAAGAAGCUGCUAAAAAUUGAUCAAUCAAUUUUUCUUAUAUGUGUCAGCUCAUAACUGUUUGAGAAAAGUUUUCCUCUCUAUCAAGGGUAUCUAUUACCAAGCUGUAGUCUAAGGAGCCACAAUAACUUGGAUAAUGCCAUACCCCAUUCAAGCCUCUUUGCCAUUGGAUGUUGAUUAUAAAAUAAUGAUGACCUUCCUUGAAUUCUAUUAAGUUUUGAUGAAAUUCGUCAACUUUAAGCUUCUUGGUUAAGAAAUCGAAAUUACUGAUUUUAGCGAAGAAGUUAUGAAAUUGAAAUCACUUGCAUAAAACAAUUAAAUUGAGAUCGAUGAAGCAUUUAAAGAGGAUCCAACAAUACAAUAAAUGGAUUAAUAAUAAUAGGAAACAAAAAAAUAUUCGGAAUUAUUCAAAGGAUUAACAUUUUUCCUGUUUCCAGAAGUACCCAAAUCCUCUUUGGAAUUUGUAAUAUUGAGUUUUGGAGGAGAAGUUAUGUGGGAGAAUGACAACAAAAAUUCAUAAUUGACUGAUCCAAAGAUUACACAUGUGAUAACUGAAAGAACAGUUUAAAAGAACAAAAAGAGAGAAUACAUAUAACCAUAAUGGGUUUACGAUUCCAUUAACUAAUUAAAACUAUUGAGUGUAGCUGAUUAUGCUCCAGAGUCAACUCUCCCUCCUCAUUUAAGUCCAUUUGAAUAAUUGAAUCUAGAGGAAGUACAAUCUGAAAGCGAUGAAGAAGAUGGACAAUAGAAGGAACAUAAACCAUACUAGAAUAAUAAAAAACAAAAGGAGAAAUAGGCUAAACAAUAAGAAAAAGAGACCAAGAAGUUAGCUGAAACAAUGUUGAGCAGAAAAAAUAAGAGAUUAUACGAUAUGAUUAAGAGAAAGGAGGACGAAGAAUAAUAAAAGAAAAACAAAUUGUAAGAAAAGAAGAAAAUGAUACAAAGUAAGUAAUAAUGAAUUAUAAAUAUUUAAUGUUUAUAAAAUUACAAAUUAAAAUAAAUUGUUUUUGUA